AUGGCUAGUCCUAUCUCGUAUGUCGCGGCCAUUUGCCGAAGCUUCAAGGCGCCCCAAAAUACCUUCUCAUUCCACGUCGCGGCAUGGUCCGUCGCUGGUGCGCCUUCCAAGCCAGCAGACGCAGAAACUUCCAAGGCGGAGACUGCUAUCUUCGGGCCGAAAUCACUUCCUGGAAGCAAGCCUUUAAUACCAGUGCAAACGCAGCUUAAAACGCGUACAAAGGACGAGGAGAGGGGGGAUAAGGGAGGAGGACAGAGGAGCAUCAGGAAAGUGGAAGGGGGAGAAAAGCGGGGUGCGGAUGAGAGGGUUGAGAGGAUAGUGGCGGGGAAUGCAGCGGGGAAUGCUGCGGGGAAUGCUGCGGGGAAUGCUGCGGGGAAUGCUGCGGGGAAUGCUGCGAGGAAUGCUGCGGGGAAUGCAGCGGGGAAUGCUGCGGGGAAUGCUGCGGGGAAUGCUGCGGGGAAUGCUGCGGGGAAUGCUGCGGGGAAUGCUGCGGGGAAUGCUGCGGGGAAUGCUGCGUUGAAUGCAGAGGGGAAUGGAGCGGGUAACAGUGAGGGAGGCAAGAGGAAGAGCUACGGGACGAGAGGCUGCAAGGAGGAGGAGAAGGCAGUGGCAGUGAUUUCUGGAGUGCUGAGGGAGAGAUUCGGGCCUCAGAUUGUGAGCGAGGAGGUGGAGGAGUGGGGGAGUGGAAUAGGAAGCAGCGAGGAUGAAGAGGACGUGGAGAUAGUGAAAGAGGAAGAGCAGGAAGAGGAGGAGGAGGAAGAGGAGGGGGAGGUUGAGGAGCAGGAGAGGUUAGAAGUAGUUUGGGAGGAAGCUGAAGCAGAAUCGAGUGAGGAAAUCGCACCACCUACGCAUCUCCCACCCACCAUCUCUCCCACACCCCCUUCUCCACCCAACAGCCGGCGGGUCGUAUCUCCCUCCUCCCUCCUCUCCCUCUACCGCUUCUUCUCCUCCCACUUCGGCAUCUCCUCCCCUUCCACUGUCGCCUCCCUCCUCGCCACUUGCCCGCAACUUCUCCGCUCCAAUCUCACCAAUGACUUUCUGCCACGUGUCCGUCUCCUCCAGUCAUACGGCAUUUCCGAUGCUGACAUUGUGCACAUCACU